UCCAAUUGGUAGUCACAGUCUUGUCCUUAAAGGAAAAUUCCACUAGAAAUUGUCGUUUUGCAUCAUAUGAUGCAUUUUUCAUCAUCAUGAGGAUGUGGCAAGUUACACUUUUCUUUUUGACAGUCCUACAUCUUGAAAAUGUGAUUUCUGACAUGCAGAACAUUUUGGGACUAUCAACAAUGGACUAAUAAUAAAUAAAUAAAAAGUGUCCUUUAACGCCCCCCCCUCUCUCUCUCUCUCUCUUUCUCUUUAUUUCCCUCCCUCGCGCAAUUCCCGGGUUGUAUUGGGGUGGAUGACGCGGGAGCCAUACCUUCGCUGUGUGCUUCUCGCGCUGGCUGGGCAUGCGGCCUGGGGAAGGAAGGAUGAUGGGUUUGCGGCUGCCAUGGCAACAAGCCGAUUAGAUUCAGACCUUUGUGUGUAUUUAUUUAUUUAAUAUUUCAGUUGCGUGAGUGCCUGAGAGGUGAUGGGCGUUUUGGAAGUCAGCAUGCAAUCGGAAUCAGAAUAUUAAGACUGGUGUCGCGUUCCUUUUGAAUUAUGAUUGGGCAUAAAAUAGCCUAUUUAAAUAUUUGGCUAUAUAUUUUUUAAACAUUUUAGUCAUUUAGCAGACGCUCUUAUCCAGAGUGACUUACAGUUAGUGAGUGCAUACAUUUUUUCAUACUGGCCCCUCGUGGGAAUAUAUACCUUCUCAAGCUCAACAAGUUAUUCAGGUUGGAACAGGACUUCAUGGAUCUAAUUCAUUCAAGCGCACUUUUUUCCUUGCAUGGUUUUAUUCAUCAAGAUUCAUUAAAAAAAAGUCAAUGAAACGGAGGUUUUAAUAAUCGUGAAUUAAUAGGAUGGCCUCCAAAGAUGUCGCUGUAACAGUCCAAGGAUGACAUUGGGAGUGACUGGAGAAGUGGAAGAGGAGGGGAAACGCGUCUGAAAUAGCAGAGCAUUUAUCCGGGCGGGUUUGGAGACGUCACAUAUUCUGCACUUGCCCAGGUUGUCUGUUCUGUUUGUGUGUUUCAGAACUGGAUUGCUGACAUCAAAUUAACCGAAAAGAACCCUGAUGCUGACUCUAACAGCUUGCCUUGUUUUGCGUACCCGGGCAAAGAGAAUAUUCUCUGGUGUUAGGCGCGUGUGGGUGAUAAUUCAGGCUAAAUUGGGGGUACGACCACGUGUAUUUGCACUCAUUUUCGUAUCUUUGUGUGUCUAUCUGUCUGUGCGUGUUUCUGUAUGAGAGCGUGCGUCAGGAUAAAUCAGCGCGCGGGUGAGUCAGACUGUGCUAGUGUCUGUGUGUGUCUCGUGCCCGUUUGUGUCUGUUAAAACAAACCGAUCCGUGCUGAUGAGGCUCACGUGUACUUGUCAUUCAUAGGUAGCCAACCACCCAAAACUAUAACCUCUCAUUCACCGUUAAGAUGAACUCUUACAGAAUACUACCAUAUGUCGAUGAGAGCAAGAGGGAGACAUAUCCUUGACAACCAGAGAGGGAGUGUCAAAGAGCGACCUGCGUCAUUAUUCCUGAGAGAGAGACCGGGAAUUCGAUGCCAAUAUGCCCGGCGUUGAAACGCUGAGGGCGGCAGUAGAUAGGAGACGGUGGGCCUCGGGCGGAGAGCACCGUUCCAAGGACAUGGGAGGAGAAGAAGAGCUCGAUGAGGAAAAGGGAGCUCGAUGAGGAAAAGGGAGCUGGGGAAAGGAGGCGAUAAGAGAAAGCACUGUCGUCAUAUUUUUGGAGUGAGAGAUCUAUUGUCGUUUUUAAGUGGCCAUCACCAAGGUGAGGAUGCACAGAUCAGUGGAGCCAGGGCUGAGGUGUGAGCUGUCUGUUCUGGCACUAUGGUGAGGAGACAGAUAACUACAAGCCAUUGGAGACUAAAAACGGGAUGGAUGGGGUGGCGGGAGGUGUUGGGCCCCCUGGCGGGGGUGAGGGUCGGCCGGGUCGUAGUGGAGGAGACUCUAAGAGGUGCAGUAAGGGCAGCCUGCCCUCCCCAGGGUAUCGCCUCUCCCAGGCCUCUCUGGAGGGUGACAGGUCAGGGGUUGAGGGGUCUGGUUCCGGAGGGGGGCGACGGCGCCUCUCCAUCUUGAGCGCCACCAGAGACGGCCUCCCCUUCCGUUCAGCUGGCACCCCGACCACCCCUGUCCCCCUGCCCCCUCCUCCAGCCCCCUCCUUCUGCUCUGCCCAGCAGCGUUCUGUUGGCUUCGCCUCGUCACGCGCCGCCCUCGCCUCCACUUCCUCCUCCACCGGCACCGGAGUGGUCGUCGUAGCGAUGGGCCCGGAAACCACGACGACCACAGCUUGUAACACUGUGGCGGGCACGCCGGAGAUGGGGAGUCUGUCUGGGACGGGGGGCAUGGGGGGGUUUGGGAUGGGUCUGGAUGGGGAGGACUACAGCUACUCCAACCAGUCCACCUUCAUCCAGAGACAGUUUGGAGCCAUGCUGCAGCCGGGGGUCAACAAGUUCAGCCUGCGCAUGUUUGGGUCCCACAAGGCCGUGGCCAUGGAGCAGGAGAGACUCAAGUCAGCAGGGGAGUGGAUCAUACACCCCUACAGCGAUUUCAGGUUCUACUGGGACCUGAUCAUGUUGUGUCUGAUGAUGGGGAACCUGAUCAUCCUGCCAGUAGGGAUCACCUUCUUUAAGGAUGAGAACACUCCUCCCUGGAUCAUCUUCAACGUGGUCUCUGAUACUCUCUUCCUGGUCGACCUGGUCCUCAACUUCAGGACCGGUAUCGUCAAGGAGGACAGCACUGAGAUACUGCUAGACCCCAAGGCUAUCCGUCAGCGCUACCUAAAGAGCUGGUUCGCGGUGGACUUUGUGUCGUCCAUCCCUGUGGACUACAUCUUCCUGAUGGUGGACCUGGAGGCCCGGCUGGACUCAGAGGUUUACAGGACGGCCAGGGCCCUCCGCAUCGUACGCUUCACCAAGAUCCUCAGCCUGCUACGCCUGCUGCGACUGUCACGACUCAUACGCUACAUCCAUCAGUGGGAGGAGAUCUUCCAUAUGACCUAUGACCUGGCCAGUGCCAUGGUGAGGAUAGUCAACCUGAUAGGCAUGAUGCUGCUGCUGUGCCACUGGGACGGAUGUCUACAGUUCCUGGUUCCCAUGCUGCAGGACUUCCCCCUGGACUGCUGGGUCUCCAAGAACAAUAUGGUGAAUGAUACGUGGGGGAUCCAAUACUCAUAUGCCCUGUUCAAGGCGAUGAGCCACAUGUUGUGUAUUGGCUACGGUGCCCAGGCUCCAGAGGGCAUGACAGACGUGUGGCUCACCAUGCUCAGUAUGAUCAUUGGUGCCACCUGCUAUGCCAUGUUCAUCGGCCAUGCCACUGCUCUCAUACAGUCCCUGGACUCCUCACGACGACAGUACCAGGAGAAAUAUAAGCAGGUGGAGCAGUACAUGUCGUUCCAUAAGCUCCCUGCAGAUGUCCGUCAGAGGAUUCAUGAGUACUACGAGCAUCGCUUCCAGGGCAAGAUGUUUGACGAGGAGAACAUACUGGGUGAACUCAGCGAACCGCUAAAGGAGGCGAUAGUUAGCUUUAACUGCCGUAGCCUGGUGGCUCACAUGCCGCUGUUUGCUAACGCGGACCCUAACUUUGUGACGGCGGUGCUGACCAAGCUUCGCUUCGAGGUGUUCCAGCCCAAUGACUUCAUCAUCCGUGAGGGCACGAUGGGACGCAAGAUGUACUUCAUCCAACACGGACGAGUCGGCAUACUCACCCGCGGAAACAAGGAGACCAAACUCAGUGACGGGUCCUACUUUGGGGAGAUCUGUCUGUUGACUCGGGGCCGGAGGACGGCGAGCGUCAGAGCGGAUACGUACUGUCGUCUCUACUCCCUCAGCGUGGACAGCUUCAACGAGGUCCUGGAGGAACACCCCAUGAUGAGGCGGGCCUUCGAGACCGUUGCCGUCGACCGGUUGGACCGCAUCGGUAGGAAGAACUCUAUCCUGAUGAGGAAGUCGUCCCAGGCGGGUUCCAUGGCGGGGGGCAGCGGUUUAGGGCGUGGGGGUCGAGGAGGAGGGGGGGCGGGGCUAGCCAUGGGGGGGCUGGGCUCCUGUGACAGCAUGCUGGUUCAGCAGAUCGUUAAACACGACAGCAUGCCAGCCAUGCAGGAGGCCAUCGCUGCUGCCGCAGCUGGAAGGGGAGGGGCCACGGGAGGAAGUGGUACGGUCUCCCCUAGGCCCCACCCACUGAUCUGGGCUCCACUGAUCCACGCUCCGCUCCAGACAGCGGCCGCUACGACUAACGUGGCCAUCGCCCUCAUGCACCAGCAGCAGCAGCAACAGCAGCUACAACAUCAACUACAGCAGCAACAUCCCCUGCGCCCCUCUGUGAGUUCCCUCAUUGGGAUGAUGGGGGUAGGAGGGAUGGGAGGGCUGUCCCCUAGAGGGGGGUUUCCUGCCUUCCCCUCCCCCUCGCCCUUCCCCAUAGCCCCCCCGGGAGGUGUGAUAUCACCCCCUGUUGCUCAAACCCCACCCACACCGGCCUCCUCUGUCCCCACGUCGGUCCAAUUAGGAAGGACCCUGCACUACAGUCUCCGCCUCCACCCGGAACACCCUUCAGUGAUGAGUGGAACCCCAGGAAUCCCCAAGGUAGGAGGGGCCACCACACCACAUCUGUUCUACCACGUGAAUCCAACUGCAGCCACCAGUGUCAUGUCAGAUACUUGCAGUUCCAUGGCUGGCCAGCAGGGGGCCAAGGAGGCACUGUUGCGUCACGGAGGAGGCAGCAACCAGGGCCUGCCUGCACUGGGGAGGCUCACCCAGGAGGCCAGGCUCCGCUCCGCCUCGCAGCCCACCCUGCCUCAUCGAUCCUGGGCAAGCGUGCAGCCUCACCCCCCUCUCCAGCGGAAGGCCUCUGGAGGUAACCUGCUGCCAGCCUCGUUCCUGGCUGGGACGCAGCUAACCAGGGGUGGCAGUGUGGGGGUGUUGACUACUCCCCUACCAGUCCAAGUCCCAGCACAACGGUUACAGAUGCCCCCCUUCAAUGCACAGACACAAGCACAGACCCGGGGCUCUAUACAGACCCUCCCUGAUCCUGUCUCUACACACUGCCCUGCACACACACACACAGCCACACACACACAUCCGAUCACUGUACCUGCAGCCACACCCACCUCAGCUUCUCCCCUGGCAUCCUACUCUUCCUCCCCCAAACAAACCCCCCUCUCCUCUGCCACCCCCUCCCCUGCUCCCACUCCUUCCUCCCUCACCCCAGCCCUGCCACUGACCCCUCGCCCCAAACCCACCCCUACACCCCCAUCUCGCUCCUCCUCUCCUCCCCCCUGCUCCAUCCCUCCCUCUGCCGGAACUACUCCCCUCACCUCAACCGCUCGCUCCAAACCCAUCCCUACACCUCCCCCUCGCUCUUCUUCCCCCUCUCCCUCCUCCACUCCCCCUCCCUCCUCUGUAACCACAUCUUCCCCCCUCACCUCAACCCCUCGCUCCAAACCCAUCCCUACACCUCCCCCUCGUUCUUCUUCACCCUCUCCUUCCUCCACUCCCCCUCCCUCCUCUCCCCGCUGUGAUCCCUCACAGACCUCCAACCUGCCCCGGGAGUCUCUAGACCAACAUGCCCACCACUGCCUUCCUUCCCUCCCACCUCGCUGCGACAGACACUGCUGUUGGCCUAUCGCACCGUGGCCGACCCCCCUGUGCCCUGCCCACCCCAGCGGUCCCUCUCCAGCCCCGCCAGAGCCAAUCCGCAGCGGGGUGUAA